AUGGGGUCGAGCCCAGCCAGUCUCCUGGCAGUCUGGCUGGCUCUGUCCUCCCUAGGCACAGCGGACCUUCAGAAAGGUAAGACUCUCAACCAUGGCCACGACGUCUGCAGCACCUGGGGCAACAACCAUUACAAGACCUUCGAUGGGGACGUCUACCAGUUCCCCGGCCUCUGUGACUACAACUUUGCUUCGGACUGCCGUGACACGUACAAGGAGUUUGCUGUCCACAUCCAACGUGGCCUGAGCCGUGCAGGCCACCCCCAGAUCACUUACAUCCUGGUCACCAUCAAGGACGAUACCAUCUACCUCACCCACCAGCUCGUGGUGGUGAAUGGGGCCAUAGUCCGGGUGCCCUACUACAGCUCUGGGCUUCUCAUUGAGAAGAAUGACAUAUACACCAAGAUCUAUGCCCGAGGGGGCUUUGCCCUCAUGUGGAAUCUCCAGGAUUCUCUCAUGCUGGAGCUCGAUGGCAAAUUCCGCAACCAUACUUGUGGCUUGUGUGGGGACUACAAUGGCAGACGGACGUACUCUGAGUUCUAUAAUGAAGGAAUUACCUUCAGCGCCAUUGAAUUUGGGAACAUGCAGAAGAUUAACCAACCAGAUGCUGUGUGCGAGGACCCCGAAGAGAAAGAAGCCCUCAAGUCCUGCUCAGAACACCUGGCCCAGUGUCAGCAUCAUUUGACAUCGGCUGCCUUUGAGGACUGUCAGGACAUCGUGCCGGUGGAGAUGUACAUUCAGGCCUGCAUGCAAGACCUGUGUCAGUGUGAGAAGGAUCCCUCCUUCUGCCUCUGCAGCACCAUCUCUGAGUUUUCCCGCCAGUGCUCCCAUGCUGGAGGCCGGCCACGGACCUGGAGGACAGAUUCAUUCUGCCCCAAGACCUGCCCUGGUAACAUGGUCUACCUGGAGAGCGGCUCCCCCUGCAUGGAUACCUGCUCCCACCUGGAAGUCAGCAACCUCUGUGAGGAGCACUACAUGGAUGGCUGCUUCUGCCCUGAAGGCACUGUGUAUGAUGACAUCACGGGCAAUGGCUGUAUCCAGGUGAGCCAGUGCAGUUGCAAACUGCAUGGCCACCUUUAUGCCCCCGGGAAGCAGAUCACCGGUGACUGUGAGGAGUGUGUCUGUAACGCUGGCCGGUGGGUGUGCAAGGACCUGCCCUGCCCUGGCACGUGUGCCUUGGAAGGUGGAUCCCACAUCACCACUUUUGAUGGGAAGAAGUAUACCUUUCAUGGAGACUGUUACUACAUUCUGGCCAAGGGUAACACCAAUGACUCCUAUGCCCUCCUGGGAGAGCUCACACCCUGUGGUUCCACAGACAAGCAGACCUGCCUGAAGACAGUUGUGCUGCUGACUGACAAGAAGAAGAAUAUUGUGGCCUUUAAGUCUGACGGCAGCGUGCUUCUGAACGAGCUGGAGGUCCACCUGCCCCAUGUCACUGCGAGCUUCUCCAUCUUCCAGCCUUCGUCCUACCACAUCAUCGUGCACACCGCCUGCGGCCUCAAGCUGCAGAUCCAGCUGGUGCCAGUCAUGCAGCUGUUCAUAACCAUGGGCCAGGCUUUCCAGGGCAAAGUUCAAGGUCUUUGUGGGAAUUUCAAUGGAAUGGAAAGUGAUGACUUCAAAACAGCAGGAGGUCUCAUCGAGGCAACAGGUUCUGGCUUUGCCAACACCUGGAAGGCCCAGUCCAGCUGCCACGACAAACUAGACUGGCUGGAUGACCCUUGUUCUCUCAGCAUUGAAAAUGCCAAUUAUGCAGAGCACUGGUGCUCGCUGCUCAAGAAGGAAGAAACCCCCUUCGCCACGUGCCACUCAGUCGUGGAUCCUGUGGAAUAUUACAAGAGGUGCAAGUACGAUACGUGUAACUGCCAGAACAACGAGGACUGCAUGUGCGCCGCCCUCUCGUCCUACGCCAGAGCCUGCUCGGCCAAAGGGGUCACGCUGUGGGGCUGGCGGGAGCGCGUCUGUAACAAGGACAUCAAAUCCUGCCCCAACUCCCAGAUCUUCCUGUACAACCUGACCACGUGCCAGCAGACCUGCCGCUCCCUCUCCGAGGCGGACAAGCACUGUCUCAAGGGCUUUGCUCCCGUGGACGGCUGCGGCUGCCCUGACCACACCUACAUGGACGAGAAGGGUCGCUGCGUGCCGCUAUCCAAAUGCUCCUGCUACCACAGGGGCUUGUACCUGGAGGCAGGGGAGGUGGUCCUGAAGCAAGACGAGCGUUGUGUCUGUCGGGAUGGGAGACUCCACUGCAUUCAAGUCAAGCUUAUUGGUCAAAGUUGUGCUGCCCCCAAGAUCCAUGUGGACUGUGACAAUCUCACAGCCUUGACCACCCAGAGGCCCCACCCCAUCAGCUGCCAGAGCCUGGGGAGUGGCUAUUACCAAACAGAAUGUGUCACUGGCUGCAUGUGCCCCUUUGGGUUGAUUGAUGAUGGCCGGGGUGGCUGUGUGAAGGAGCACGAGUGCCCAUGCGUCCACAACAAAGAACUCUAUUCACCUGGAGAGAAGAUCAGUGUGGACUGCAACACCUGCACAUGCAAGAGAGGAAGCUGGGAGUGUACCAAGUCUGUGUGCCAUGGCACGUGUUCCAUCUACGGAAGUGGCCAUUAUAUCACCUUUGAUAGAAAGUACUAUGACUUUGAUGGACACUGCUCCUAUGUGGCUGCCCAGGACUAUUGUGGCCAGAAGAACUCCCAGGGCUCCUUCAGCAUCAUCACAGAGAAUGUGCCCUGUGGGACCACAGGGGUGACCUGCUCCAAGGCCAUUAAGAUCUUCCUGGGAAGAACGGAGCUGAAGCUGGAGGACAAGCAUCGCCGGGUGAUCCAUCGCGAUGUGGGGCAACACGUGUCUUACAUCACCCGAGAGGUGGGCCUGUACCUGGUCAUUGAGGCCAGCAAUGGCAUCAUUGUCAUCUGGGACAAGAGGACCACCAUCUUCAUCAAACUUGCCCCGACUUUCAAGGGUACUGUGUGUGGCCUGUGUGGCAACUUUGAUGACCGUUCCAACAAUGACUUCACCACAAGGGACCACAUGAUAGUCAGCAAUGCCCUGGACUUCGGGAACAGCUGGAAGGAGGCCCACACCUGUCCAGACGUAGACAAGACCUUUGAACCAUGUGUCUUGAACCCACAUCGCCAGUCCUGGGCAGAGAAACAGUGCAGUAUUCUGAAAAGCCAAGUAUUUCAAGCCUGCCACAGCAAGGUGGACCCUGCUCCUUUCUACUCUGCCUGUGUUCACGACUCAUGUUCCUGUGACACGGGGGGUGACUGUGAGUGCUUCUGCUCUGCUGUAGCCUCCUAUGCCCAGGAGUGCACCAAGGAGGGGGCUUGUGUCUACUGGAGGACCCCUGACUUGUGUCCGAUCUUCUGUGACUACUACAACCCCCCUGAUGAGUGUGAAUGGCACUACGAGCCCUGUGGGAACCGGAGCUUUGAGACCUGCCGCACCAUUAACAACAUCCAUUCCAACAUUUCAGUGUCUUACCUGGAAGGCUGCUAUCCCAGAUGCCCUCCAGAUAGGCCCAUCUUUGAUGAAGACAAGAAAAAGUGUGUGCCAGCCGACCAGUGUGGCUGCUACGUAAAUGACGAGCACUAUGAACCCAAUGAGGAGAUCCCCACAGACGAAAUCUGCCAGUCUUGUGUCUGCACAAACACCUCCAAGGUCUCAUGUGAAGAGACGCCAGGCGUGAUAAUUAGCCACACCAAGAACGGGUCCUUCUGCUUUUGGGAGCUGUGUGGUCCUAACGGCACUGUGAACCAGUAUUUCAACAUCUGCGAGACAUCGCCUCCUCCUCAUAUUACUACUCCACCAGUGACAAUCACCUCACUGACCACCAGCUCUCCAACCACCACCCUUCCUUCCACCACCAGGAUCACCACGACCACCCAAGGUAGCACAAAUUCCAAAUUGUCAUUUUGAUGUUCCUUCCUAGGAAUAUGCUGUUUUUGGUCUGAUUGGAUCAAUGAGGAUCAUCCCCUGACUGGCAGUAAUCAUGGUGACCGGGAGAGGUUUGAUGGGGUGUGCAGUGCCCCCGAGGACAUCGAGUGCAGGUCAGCUGAGGAGCCCCAUCUCAGCUGGGAAGAGCUGGGCCAGAAGGUACAGUGUAACACCACUUUGGGACUCAUUUGUGAAAACGCAGACCAGUUUGGAAAUGGACCCUUCGGCCUCUGUUAUGACUAUGAAAUUCGGGUCAAUUGUUGUCUGCCCAUGGACUCUUGCCCAGGAACGUCACAGAGCACCACGACAACCCCAGGCUCUCCAACCACAACUCACACACUUCCACCUUCAGCUCCGACCUCUAUCCCAACACCUUCACCCACCACCACCACCACAGAGACUCCAACACCUUCACCCACCACCACCACCACAGAGACUCCAACACCUUCACCCACCACCACCACCACAGAGACUCCAACACCUUCACCCACCACCACCACCACAGAGACUCCAACACCUUCACCCACCACCACCACCACAGAGACUCCAACACCUUCACCCACCACCACCACCACAGAGACUCCAACACCUUCACCCACCACCACCACCACAGAGACUCCAACACCUUCACCCACCACCACCACCACAGAGACUCCAACACCUUCACCCACCACCACCACCACAGAGACUCCAACACCUUCACCUACCACCAUCACUACUGAGACUCCAACACCUUCACCUACCACAACCACCACUGAAACUCCAACACCUUCAACCACCACCACCACCACAGAGACUCCAACACCUUCACCUACCACCAUCACUACUGAGACUCCAACACCUUCACCCACCACCACCACCACUGAAACUCCAACACCUUCACCCACCACCACCACUACUGAGACUCCAACACCUACACCUACACCCAUUACCACUACCAGCACCCAGACACCCACUCCAAGCAUCCCAGAAUGUGAUCCUGUCUGUGACUGGACUGAUUGGGUUGAUUCAGGGAAGCCACAAUAUGGCAAACCAGGUGGUGGUGACUUUGAACUGGUGGAGAAUAUUUGCAAGGACGGCUGGGUAACCAACAUCACAUGCAGAGCUGUAAUGUUUCCAGACAAGCCACUUGAAACCCUGGGACAAGUCUUAGUGUGUAAUACUUCAGUGGGAUUGGUGUGUAAAAAUGAAGAUCAGAAGCCAGGAGGAAUGAUGCCUAUGCCUGGAUGUCUCAAUUAUGAAGUCAAGGUUUAUUGUUGUGAGCAGCAGUCCACCUGUGGCACACCAGUGACCACAACUAGCACAACCACCACUACUGAGACUCCAACUCCAACUCCAAUACCCACUACUACCACCACAGAAAUUCCAACACCUGCACCUACCACCACCACCACUGAAACUCCAACACCUUCACCCUCCACCACCACUAUUGAGACUCCAACACCUACACCUACACCCACUACCACCACCACAGAAAUUCCAACACCUGCACCUACCACCACCACCACUGAAACUCCAACACCUUCACCCUCCAUCACCACUAUUGAGACUCCAACACCUACACCUACACCCACUACCACCACCACCACAGAAAUUCCAACACCUGCACCUACCACUACCACCACAGAAAUGCCAACACCUACACCUACCACUAUCAUCACUGAGACUCCAACACCUUCACCUUCCACCACCACCACUGAGACUCCAACACCUACACCUACACUCACGACCACCACCACCACCACAGAAAUGCCAACACCUGAACCUACCACCACCACCACUGAAACUCCAACACCUUCACCCUCCAUCACCACUAUUGAGACUCCAACACCUACACCUACACCCACUACCACCACCACCACAGAAAUUCCAACACCUGCACCUACCACUACCACCACAGAAAUGCCAACACCUACACCUACCACUAUCAUCACUGAGACUCCAACACCUUCACCUUCCACCACCACUGAGACUCCAACACCUACACCUACACUCACUACCACCACCACCACCACAGAAAUGCCAACACCUGAACCUACCACCACCACCACUGAAACUCCAACACCUUCACCCUCCACCACCACUACUGAGACUCCAACACCUACACCUACACCCACUACCACCACCACCACCACCACCACCACAGAAAUUCCAACACCUACACCUACCACUACCACCACUGAAACUCCAACACCUUCACCCUCCAUCACCACUAUUGAGACUCCAACACCUACACCUACACCCACUACCACCACCACCACAGAAAUUCCAACACCUGCACCUACCACUACCACCACAGAAAUGCCAACACCUACACCUACCACUAUCACCACUGAGACUCCAACACCUUCACCUUCCACCACCACCACUGAGACUCCAGCACCUACACCUACCACUACCACCACUGAAACUCCAAUACCUACACCCUCUACCACCACUACUGAGACUCCAACUCCAACACCUAUAGCCACUACUACCACCACAGAAAUUCCAACACCUACACCUACUACCACUACCACAGAGAUUCCUACCCCAACACCAACCUCUACCACCCCCACCCCAACAGAGACUCCAACACCCUCUUCUACCACCACCACUACUACCAUAGAGACUUCAACUCAAACACCUACACCCACUACCAUCAUCACUGAAACUCCAAUACCUUCAUCCACCAUUACCAUCACUGAGACUCCAAUACCUUCCACUACCACCACCACCACUGAGACUCCAACACCUUCACCUACCACUACCACCACUGAAACUCCAACACCUUUAUCUACCUCCAUCACCACUGAGAUUCCAACCCCUUCACCAACCACUAUGACCACUGAGACUCCAACACCUUCCACCACUACCACCACCACUGAGACUCCAACACCAUCACCUCCUAUAACCACCACUGAGACUCCAAAACCUUCAACCACCACCACUAUUGAAACUCCAACACCUUCAUCCACUACCAUCACUGAGACUUCAACAACCUCCAUCACCACUACUACCACUACUGAGAUUUCAACACCUUCACCUCCUAUCACCACCACUGAGACUCCAACACCUUCACCCACCACCACUACUGAGACUCCAACACCUUCAUCUACUACCACCACCACUGAGACUCCAACACCUUCAUCCACCACCACCACUGAGACUCCAACACCUUCAUCCACCACCACCACUGAGACUCCAACACCUUCAUCCACCACCACCAUGCCAACCAUUACCACCACCUCCUCCUCCACCACCACCAUCACCAUAGAGACUCCAACACCUACACCUACACCCAUUACCACUACCAGCACCCAGACACCCACUCCAAGCAUCCCAGAAUGUGAUCCUGUCUGUGACUGGACUGAUUGGGUUGAUUCAGGGAAGCCACAAUAUGGCAAACCAGGUGGUGGUGACUUUGAACUGGUGGAGAAUAUUUGCAAGGACGGCUGGGUAACCAACAUCACAUGCAGAGCUGUAAUGUUUCCAGACAAGCCACUUGAAACCCUGGGACAAGUCUUAGUGUGUAAUACUUCAGUGGGAUUGGUGUGUAAAAAUGAAGAUCAGAAGCCAGGAGGAAUGAUGCCUAUGCCUGGAUGUCUCAAUUAUGAAGUCAAGGUUUAUUGUUGUGAGCAGCAGUCCACCUGUGGCACACCAGUGACCACAACUAGCACAACCACCACUACUGAGACUCCAACUCCAACUCCAAUACCCACUACUACCACCACAGAAAUUCCAACACCUGCACCUACCACUACCACCACUGAAACUCCAACACCUUCACCCUCUACCACCACCACUGAGACCCCACCACCCUCUACCACCACCAUCACUACUGAGACUCCAACACCUACACCCACUACCACUACCACAGAAACUCCUACUCCAACACCAGCAUCUACCACCCACACCCCAACAGAGACUUCAACACCUUCUCCUACCACCAUUACCACCACAGAGACUCCUACUCCAACACCAACAUCUACCACCAACAUCCCAACAGAGACUUCAACACCUUCUCCUACCACCACCACAGAGACUCCAACACCAACACCUACACCCUCCACCACCACCACUGAGACUUCAACACCCUCUACCACCACUGAGACUCCAACACCCUCCUCUACUACCACCACUACAGAGACUCCAACACCCACACCCACCACUACCACCACUGAAACUCCAACACCUACACCCACUACCACUACCACAGAGACUCCUACUCCAACACCAACAUCUACCACCCCCAUUCCAACAGAGACUCCAACACCUUCUCCUACCACGACCACUACCACAGAGUCUCCAACUCCAACACAUACACCCACUACCACCACCACUGAGACUCCAACACCUUCAUCCACCACAACUGAGACUCCAACACCUUCCACCACUACCACCACCACUGAAACCCCAACACCAACACCCAUUGUCACUACCACAGAGAUUCCUACCCCAACACCAACCUCUACCACCCCCACCCCAACAGAGACUCCAACACCCUCUUAUACCACCACCACUACCACCAAAGAGACUCCAACUCCACCUACACCCAGUACCACCACCGAGACUAUAACAUCUACACCUACCACUACCACCACAGAGACUCCAACACCUACACCUACCACUACCACCACUGAAACUCCAAUGCCUACACCCACUACCACUACCACAGAGACUCCUACUCCAACAUCAACAUUCCCCACCUCCACCCCAACAGAGACUCCAACACCCUCUUCUACCACCACCACUACCACAGAGACUCCAACUCCAACACCUACACUCACUACCACCACCCCUGAGACUCCAGAACCUUCAUCCACCACCACUGAAACUCCAACACCUUCCACCACCACUACCACCACUGAAAUUCCAACACCUACACCCACUACCACAGAGAUUCCUACCCCAACACCAACCUCUACCACCCCCACCCCAACAGAGACUCCAACACCCUCUUCUACCACCACCACUACUACCACAGAGACUCCAACUCCACCUACACCCAGUACCACCACCACUGAAACUCCAACACCUUCAUCCACUACCACCACCACUGAGACUCCAACACCCUCCACCACCACCACUGAGACUCCAACACCCUCCUCCACUACUACCACCACAGAGACUCCUACUCCAACACCAACAUCUACUACCCCCACUCCAACAGAGACUUCAACACUUUCUCCUACCACCACCACUACCACAGAGGCUCCAACUCCAACACCCACACCCUCUACCACCACCAUUGAGACUCCAACACCUACACCCACUACCACAGAGACUCCUACUCCAACACCAACAUCUACCACCUCCACUCCAACAGAGACAUCAACACUUUCUCCUACCACCACCACUAUUACAGAGAUUCCAACUCCAACACCUUCAUCAACCACCACCACCACUGAGACUCCAACACCUACACCCACCACUACCACCACAGAGACUCCAACACCUACACCCACCACUACCACCACAGAGACUCCAACACCUACACCCACCACUACCACCACAGAGACUCCAACACCUACACCCACUACCACUACCACAGAGACUCCUACUCCAACACCAACAUCUACCACCCCCACUCCACCAGAGACUUCAACACUUUCUCCUACUACCACCACUGAGGCUCCAACACCUUCAUCUAUCACCACUACCACUAGGACUCCAACACUUACACCUACCACUACCACUACAGAGACUCCAACACCAAAACCCACUACCACUACCACAGAGACUCCUACUCCAACACCAACAUCUACCACAUCCACUCCAACAGAGACUUCAACACUUUCUCCUACCACCACCACUAUCACAGAGAUUCCAACUCCAACACCUUCAUUUACCACCACUGAGACUCCAGCACCUUCCACCACUACUUCAACAGAGACUUCAACCCCAACUAUGACUACCACAGAGACACCAUCCACAACUAUGAGAGAGACUCCAACACCACCAUCAACCACCACAGAGGCUCCAACUCCAACUCCAACAACUACAGGCACAGGACCCACCACUCCAACCUUGAUGGUAGAGAGCACCACAUCGACCACAACAACGACGAGCGGGACCCCGACUCCUUUGGCUUCCACUCCUAGUCCCCCGGCUCCUCCUGAGACCACAACGCCCAUUCAGCCUCCCACCAGCACUCUCAGCGUGAGCACCCAGACUACAGCACGCACCACCCCCACCACGGAGCUUUCCACGUUCACCACUUCGCCACUCCCAUCUCCCAGCAUCAGCAUCAGCACGGGUCCCACUGCGGGGACAUCCCCCCAGAUAUACUGCUGCUUCUUGAAUGAUACAUAUUACGGACCAGGUGACGUGGUGUACAAUGGGACACAUGGAGACUACUGCUACUAUGUCAACUGCUCCUUUGCCUGUGAAUUAGAGAUCUUCAACUGGUCCUGUCCUUCCACGCCCCAACCCACCCCAACCUCGACCCCAACCUCACCCUCAUCACCAGCCUCAUCGCCAUCCUCAACGCCCACUCCACCUCCAGGGUGCCCUGACUUUGUGCCACCACGGCAGGAGAACGAGACCUGGUGGCUGUGUAACUGCACCAUGGCAGUGUGCAAGCAUGAUAACACAGUGGAGAUUUUCGAGAAGGAGUGCAACCCACCUCCCAAGCCUGUGUGCAGCAAUGGCCUCAACCCUGUGUGGGUCCUGGACCCUGAUGGCUGCUGCGGCCACUGGGAGUGCGACUGCUACUGCACCGGCUGGGGAGACCCCCAUUACACUACCUUUGAUGGCCUGUACUACAGCUACCAGGGGAACUGCACCUACGUGUUAGUGGAAGAGAUCUCACAGACCGUGGACAACUUCGGAGUCUACAUCGACAACUACCACUGUGACGCCAACGACAAGGUGUCCUGCCCACGCACCCUCAUUGUGAGGCAUGAGACCCAGGAGGUUCUCAUCAAGACCAUCCACAUGGCACCCAUGAAAGUCCAGGUCCUGGUGAACAAGCAGACCGUGUCACUGCCCUAUCGGAAAUACGGCCUCCAGGUCUAUGAGGCUGGCAUCAAUUAUGUGGUAGAUAUUCCUGAACUCGGCGUCCUGGUGUCCUACAAUGGCCUGUCCUUUGCCAUCAAGAUGCCUUACAGCAAAUUUGGCAACAACACCAAAGGCCAGUGCGGUACUUGCACCAACAAUACAGCUGACGACUGCAUGCUGCCCAGCGGGGAGGUCAUCUCAGACUGUGAAAUCAUGGCCGACGAAUGGGUGGUGAAUGACCCCUCGAAGCCUCACUGCCCCCACACCAUCUCCACAACCAAGUCCCCCUCUGUCACCCAGCCUGGAGGGCUGACACCCCCUGGGGACUGUGUCCCCUCGCCUCUCUGUGAGCUCAUCAAGAGCAGCCUGUUUGCCAAGUGCCACCAGCACGCCCCACCCCAGCACUACUAUGAAGCCUGCGUCUUUGACAGCUGCUUUGUGCCUGACUCUGGCAUGGAGUGUGCCAGUCUGCAGACCUAUGCAGCCCUCUGUGCACAGGAGGGCAUCUGCAUUAGCUGGCGAGAGCAUGCCAAGGGUGCCUGUGAGGUGACCUGCCCGUCUCACCGGGAGUACAAGGCGUGCGGGCCUAUGGAAGAGCCAACCUGCAAGUCGAGCUCCGAGGGUCCCCGGGACAACCGGACGACGGAAGGCUGCUUCUGCCCGGAGGGGACCAUCAACUUCGCCCCGGGCGUGGACGUCUGCGUGGAGACGUGCGGCUGCGUGGGACCGGACAACGUGCCCAGAGAGUUCGGGGAACGCUUUGAGUUUGACUGCAAGAACUGCAUCUGCCUGGAAGGAGGAACCGGCAUCGUGUGCCAGGCCAAGCAGUGCACCCAGCAGGAGCCCCAGUGCACGGAGGAGGGCACCUACCCCGUCACCGAGGUGGACCCCAGCGACACCUGCUGCAACGUCACCUCCUGCAAAUGCAACGUCAGCCUGUGCCAGACGAAGCCGCCCGUGUGCUCUGUGGGAUUCCAGCUGAAGACAGAGCUUGUCCCUGGCCGGUGCUGCCCUGCCCAUUCUUGUGAGCCCAAGGGUGUUUGUGUCCUGGGGGAGGCCGAAUACAAGCCCGGAGCUCCCGUAUAUUCUGACAAGUGCCAAGACUGUCUGUGUACGGAGAAGGUCAAUGCCACGACUCACCUGAACAUCAUCUCGUGUUCACACGUGCCCUGCAGCGUCUCCUGCAAGCCCGGGUUCGAAGCUGUCAAAGUGCCAGGCGAAUGCUGCCCCAAGUGCGAGCAGACCCACUGUGUGAUGCACCAGGCUGCCGACCUCCUGCUUCUCAAGCCUGGCGAGAUGAAGAAUGACCCGAAGGACAACUGCACCAUCUACAGCUGUGUGAAGAUCCAGGGCCAGCUCAUCUCCUCCGUCUCCGAAAUCACGUGUCCCGACUUGGACCUGGCCUCCUGCGUGCCUGGCACCAUCAAGCUGAUGCCUAACGGCUGCUGUAAGACAUGCACAUUCCGCAAUGAGACCAGGUUACCUUGUGCCACAGUGCCAAGCAAGGAGGUGAUUUCUGUGGGGCAUUGCAAGAAGGAAUUGGUGCUCAAUCACUGCUCGGGAGCCUGUGGGACAUUUGCCAGGUACUCGGAAGAGGCCCAGAGCAUGGACCACCAGUGCUCUUGCUGCCAGGAGGUGAAGACCAGCCAGAAGGUGGUGCAGCUGGAGUGUGACGGAGGGGGCACGCUGAGCCACGAGUACACGUACAUUGAGAGCUGUGGCUGCCAGGACACCGUCUGUGGCCCUCCUCUGACCAAGGGCAAGAAGGGCUUGCAGAGUCGCUCCCGCCGGGCCCUGCUGAGGUCCAGGGGCUGAGUGCCCGCCCGCCCAUGCCCACAUUUAUUUUCUGAUCUUGUGAAUCUCUUACGCAAUAAUAAAAGCACG